GAGGACGAGGAGAGAAGAGAAGAGGAGAGAAGAGAAGAGGACGAGGAGAGAAGAGAAGAGGACGAGGAGAGAAGAGGACGAGGACGAGGAGAGAAGAGAAGAGAGAAGAGGACGAGGAAGGAGAGAACGAGGAGAGAAGAGGACGAGGAGAGAAGAGAAGAGGACGAGGAAGGAGAGAACGAGGAGAGAAGAGGACGAGGAGAGAAGAGAAGAGGACGAGAAGAGAAGAGGACGAGGAGAGAAGAGGACGAGGACGAGGAGAGAAGAGGACGAGGAAGGAGAGAACGAGGAGAGAAGAGGACGAGGAGAGAAGAGGACGAGGACGAGGAGAGAAGAGAAGAGGACGAG